GGGAAAAGUGCGCGGCGCCGAAGGCGAGGUCCGCACUCCUCGUCCGCCGGCUGGCGCAGGACCUCACUCCAGCGGAGCGCCCACGGGGAGCGGGUCGCGGGGCGGCGGCGGCGAGGAGGAGGCGAGAAGGACUUGGAGGAGAAGGCCAGGGCUAGCAGCCGAGCGGGGUCCCGGCCGCCCCGCGGGCCAAAGUCAAGCCCUCCGGUCCGUGGGCGAGCGCGCCAGCCGCCCCUUCCAGAAGAGCUACCGCAGCAAAGGAGAACAGGCAGGGGCCGAGCUCCCUAUGACUUCCUAAAGUCGCGCGCUCCCCGCUGCGUCCGCUGCCAGGGCCCUGCCCCGCGCCCCCGUGCGUCCUGUGCGCCCCCAGCGCCGUGGUGCGCCCCGGCCCGCGCCCCGCCGGCAUGGAUGUCCACACCCGCUGGAAAGCACGCAGCCCGCUCCGCCCGGGCGCCCGGCUGCUGUCUCCGCCGCUGCUCCUGCUCCUGCUGCUGCUGUGGGCGCCGCCAACGAGCCGCGCAGCUCAGCCAGCAGAUCUCCUGAAGGUUCUUGAUUUUCACAACUUGCCCGAUGGAAUAACCAAGACCACAGGUUUCUGUGCCACACGACGAUCUUCCAAAGGCCCGGAUGUCGCAUACCGUGUCUCCAAAGAUGCGCAGCUCAGUGCGCCCACCAAGCAGCUGUACCCUGCGUCUGCGUUCCCUGAGGACUUCUCCAUCCUGACCACCGUGAGAGCCAAGAAAGGCAGCCAGGCCUUCCUGGUCUCCAUCUACAACGAGCAGGGCAUCCAGCAGGUGGGCCUGGAGAUGGGCCGCUCCCCCGUCUUCCUCUAUGAGGACCACACGGGGAGGCCUGGGCCGGAGGACUACCCCCUCUUCAGGGGCAUCAACCUGUCGGACGGCAAGUGGCACCGAAUUGCUCUCAGUGUCCACAAGAAAAAUGUCACCUUGAUCCUUGACUGUAAAAAGAAGACCACCAAGUUCCUUGACCGCAGCGAUCACCCCAUAGUGGACGUCAAUGGCAUCAUUGUGUUUGGCACCCGGAUCCUGGAUGAGGAAGUGUUUGAGGGUGACAUCCAGCAACUGCUCUUCGUCUCAGACCACCGGGCAGCUUAUGACUACUGUGAGCAUUAUAGCCCUGACUGUGACACCGCGGCCCCUGACACCCCCCAGUCGCAGGACCCCAACCCAGAUGAAUACUACCCGGAAGGAGAUGGUGAAGGCGAGACCUAUUACUACGAAUAUCCCUACUAUGAAGACCCCGAAGACCCGGGGAAGGAGCCCACCCCCACCCAGAAGCCUGUGGAAGCUGCAAGAGAAACCACGGAGAUUCCCGAGGAGCAGACCACGGCCCCCACUGAAGCCCCCAGAGUGCCAGAGGCCAGUGACAGGGUGGGGAAGGAAGAGGACCCUGGCAUCGGGGACUAUGACUACGUGCCCAUCGAUGACUACUACACCCCCUCCCCCUACGACGACAUCAACUACGGCGAGGGCAUGGAGAACCCUGACCAGCCCACCGACCCCGACGCAGGGGCCGGGAUCCCCACCAGCACCACGGUCACCUCCAACUCCUCCAAUCCCAGCUCCACCCCCGGGGAGGGGAGGGACGACCUGGAGGGCGAGUUCACCGAGGAGACCAUCAAGAACCUGGACGAGAACUACUACGACCCCUACUACGACCCUGACUCCAGCGUCUCCCCGUCCGAGGUCGGGCCGGGCAUGCCGGCGAACCAGGACACCGUCUACGAAGGGAUUGGAGGACCUCGGGGCGAGAAAGGUCAGAAGGGAGAACCUGCGAUCAUCGAGCCCGGCAUGCUCAUCGAGGGGCCACCUGGCCCAGAAGGCCCCGCUGGUCUCCCAGGACCUCCAGGAACCACGGGUCCCACUGGCCAAGUGGGCGACCCUGGAGAAAGGGGUCCCCCUGGACGCCCCGGCCUUCCUGGGGCUGAUGGCCUGCCCGGUCCACCAGGGACCAUGCUCAUGCUGCCUUUUCGGUUUGGAGGAGGAGGUGACGCGGGCUCCAAAGGCCCCAUGGUCUCGGCACAGGAGUCCCAAGCCCAGGCCAUUCUCCAGCAGGCCAGGCUGGCGUUGAGGGGACCAGCUGGUCCUAUGGGUCUGACAGGGAGACCUGGUCCCAUGGGUCCUCCUGGGAGUGGAGGUUUGAAGGGCGAGCCUGGAGACAUGGGGCCUCAGGGUCCCCGAGGUGUGCAGGGUCCACCUGGCCCUGCAGGGAAGCCUGGAAGACGGGGUCGAGCUGGGAGCGAUGGAGCCAGAGGCAUGCCUGGACAGACGGGCCCCAAGGGUGACCGCGGCUUUGACGGCCUGGCAGGGCUGCCGGGAGAGAAGGGCCACAGGGGUGACCCUGGCCCUUCUGGCCCUCCAGGACCUCCAGGAGACGACGGAGAAAGGGGUGACGAUGGAGAAGUCGGGCCCAGGGGGCUGCCAGGGGAGCCCGGGCCACGUGGUCUGCUUGGCCCAAAGGGACCCCCAGGCCCUCCAGGACCUCCUGGCGUAACGGGUAUGGAUGGUCAACCAGGCCCAAAAGGAAAUGUGGGCCCCCAGGGAGAGCCUGGCCCCCCCGGACAGCAGGGUAACCCUGGUGCCCAGGGUCUUCCAGGCCCCCAGGGUGCAAUCGGCCCUCCAGGAGAAAAGGGUCCCCUGGGUAAACCAGGCCUCCCAGGAAUGCCUGGCGCUGACGGACCCCCGGGCCACCCUGGCAAAGAAGGCCCUCCAGGAGAGAAAGGAGGCCAGGGUCCACCUGGCCCCCAGGGUCCCAUUGGUUACCCAGGUCCCCGAGGAGUCAAGGGGGCGGAUGGUAUCCGUGGUCUGAAGGGCACCAAGGGCGAGAAGGGUGAAGACGGCUUCCCUGGAUUUAAAGGCGACAUGGGCAUCAAGGGUGAUCGGGGGGAGAUUGGCCCACCUGGUCCCAGGGGAGAAGAUGGCCCCGAAGGCCCGAAGGGUCGUGGCGGUCCCAAUGGUGAUCCUGGUCCUCUGGGGCCCACGGGGGAGAAGGGAAAGCUCGGAGUCCCCGGAUUGCCAGGAUACCCAGGAAGGCAGGGACCAAAGGGUUCUAUUGGAUUCCCUGGAUUCCCUGGUGCCAACGGAGAAAAGGGCGGCAGGGGGACACCUGGAAAGCCUGGACCCCGGGGGCAGCGAGGCCCAACGGGUCCAAGGGGUGAAAGAGGCCCACGGGGCAUCACGGGGAAGCCUGGUCCCAAGGGCAACUCUGGAGGCGAUGGUCCAGCCGGCCCUCCCGGUGAGCGGGGACCUAAUGGACCUCAAGGACCCACAGGGUUCCCUGGACCAAAGGGCCCUCCGGGCCCUCCAGGCAAGGACGGGCUCCCUGGACAUCCUGGACAGAGAGGCGAGACCGGUUUCCAAGGCAAGACCGGCCCUCCAGGCCCGCCAGGUGUGGUCGGCCCUCAGGGUCCCACAGGAGAAACAGGUCCAAUGGGUGAGCGUGGCCACCCUGGGCCACCUGGUCCUCCUGGUGAACAGGGGCUCCCAGGCCUUGCUGGAAAAGAAGGGACAAAGGGUGACCCAGGCCCUGCAGGCCUCCCCGGGAAAGAUGGCCCUCCAGGAUUGCGUGGCUUCCCUGGGGACCGAGGGCUUCCUGGCCCAGUGGGAGCUCUUGGACUGAAAGGCAGUGAAGGCCCCCCCGGCCCCCCAGGCCCCGCGGGAUCUCCAGGGGAGAGAGGUCCAGCAGGUGCUGCUGGACCCAUCGGAAUUCCAGGCAGACCCGGGCCUCAGGGUCCGCCUGGGCCAGCUGGAGAGAAAGGGGCUCCUGGUGAGAAAGGACCGCAAGGCCCAGCUGGCCGAGAUGGCCUCCAGGGUCCUGUGGGGCUCCCUGGUCCUGCCGGCCCUGUGGGUCCCCCUGGAGAAGAUGGAGACAAGGGAGAGAUCGGGGAGCUGGGGCAGAAGGGAAGCAAGGGUGACAAAGGCGAGCAGGGUCCUCCUGGGCCCACAGGUCCUCAGGGCCCCAUCGGACAGCCAGGCCCCUCUGGAGCGGACGGUGAGCCGGGCCCUCGUGGCCAGCAGGGCCUCUUUGGGCAGAAAGGAGAUGAAGGUUCUAGAGGUUUCCCUGGGCCACCAGGACCAGUGGGGCUGCAGGGUCUGCCAGGACCUCCAGGUGAAAAGGGUGAGACAGGGGACGUGGGCCAGAUGGGCCCUCCAGGUCCCCCCGGCCCCCGAGGACCCUCCGGAGCUCCAGGUGCUGACGGCCCACAAGGCCCUCCAGGAGGAAUAGGGAACCCCGGCGCAGUGGGAGAGAAGGGCGAGCCUGGCGAAGCUGGCGAGCCUGGCCUUCCAGGAGAAGGGGGCCCUCCGGGACCCAAAGGAGAAAGAGGGGAGAAGGGUGAGGCAGGCCCCUCUGGUGCUGCUGGACCCCCCGGGCCCAAAGGUCCCCCUGGAGACGACGGCCCCAAAGGCAGCCCUGGCCCGGUUGGUUUUCCUGGAGAUCCUGGUCCCCCUGGAGAGCCAGGUCCUGCGGGUCAAGAUGGUCCACCUGGUGACAAAGGGGACGAUGGUGAACCUGGACAAACGGGAUCCCCUGGCCCCACUGGUGAACCUGGUCCAUCCGGGCCUCCAGGGAAGAGGGGUCCCCCAGGCCCCGCAGGCCCUGAAGGCAGACAGGGAGAGAAAGGAGCCAAGGGAGAAGCCGGUUUGGAAGGCCCUCCUGGGAAGACUGGCCCCAUUGGCCCCCAGGGGGCCCCUGGGAAGCCUGGACCUGAUGGCCUGCGUGGGAUUCCUGGCCCAGUGGGUGAACAAGGUCUCCCGGGAUCCCCAGGCCCCGACGGUCCACCUGGCCCCAUGGGACCCCCAGGGCUUCCCGGCCUCAAAGGAGAUUCUGGUCCCAAAGGUGAAAAGGGUCACCCAGGCCUGAUCGGACUCAUUGGCCCUCCAGGCGAACAGGGUGAAAAGGGCGACCGCGGCCUCCCUGGUCCCCAGGGCUCCUCUGGGCCUAAAGGAGAGCAGGGUAUCACUGGUCCUUCUGGCCCGAUUGGUCCCCCCGGGCCCCCUGGCUUGCCGGGUCCGCCAGGUCCAAAAGGUGCUAAGGGCUCUUCGGGUCCCACUGGCCCAAAGGGAGAGGCAGGACACCCAGGACUCCCCGGCCCGCCCGGCCCCCCGGGUGAGGUCAUCCAGCCCCUGCCAAUUCAGGCGUCCAGAACCCGACGGAACAUCGAUGCCAGCCAACUGCUGGGUGACGAGGCUGGGGAGAGCUACGUGGACUACGCGGAUGGCAUGGAGGAGAUCUUCGGGUCGCUCAACUCCCUGAAGCUGGAGAUCGAGCAGAUGAAGCGGCCGCUGGGCACCCCGCAGAACCCCGCCCGCACCUGCAAGGACCUGCAGCUCUGCCACCCCGACUUCCCAGACGGUGAAUACUGGGUAGAUCCCAACCAAGGCUGCUCCAGGGAUUCCUUUAAAGUCUACUGCAACUUCACCGCUGGAGGGUCGACGUGCGUCUUCCCAGACAAGAAGUCCGAGGGGAGUAAAAUGGCCCGCUGGCCCAAAGAGCAGCCUUCCACCUGGUAUAGUCAGUACAAGCGAGGUUCCCUGCUCUCCUACGUGGACGCUGAGGGCAACCCCGUGGGCGUGGUGCAGAUGACCUUCCUGCGGCUGCUGAGCGCCUCUGCCCACCAGAACGUCACCUACAACUGCUACCAGUCCGUGGCCUGGCAGGACGCCGCCACAGGCAGCUACGACAAGGCCAUCCGCUUCUUGGGCUCCAACGACGAGGAGAUGUCCUACGACAACAACCCCUACAUCCGCGCCCUGGUGGACGGCUGUGCUACCAAGAAAGGCUACCAGAAGACGGUGCUGGAGAUCGACACCCCCAGGGUGGAGCAGGUGCCCAUCGUCGACAUCAUGUUCAACGACUUUGGUGAAGCGUCACAGAAAUUUGGAUUUGAAGUGGGGCCGGCUUGCUUCAUGGGCUAGGAGCCGCCAGCCCCAGUCUCCGAGAGCAACCUUGUGACCUCAACACGCCCCUCGAGAGUGUCUCGCGCACGACCCAUCCUGGACAGUGAAGGUUUCUCGCUCCCCUCCCGCCCGACUUCCUCUGCGCCUCUGCACCACGGGCGCUGGACCCCAAGCCCAGAGAGAGAACAAAGGGAAAGAGCCGAGCCCCCACCCAGAGCCGAAUCACAUGACCUAGCUGCCGCAGCCUCUCAGCCACACCCACGUCCAGCCACACCAGGCCACAGGGGGGCAGUGGGGCCCACGACGCCCUGGCCCCCAGCUCGCCUGAUCCGUCACCGCUGGUGUUCAGGACAGUUUGCAGGGCGGGGUGGAGCUGCAGUAUUUGGAUAUCACUUUUUUAAAAAUUCAACUUGAAGAUGUGUAUCUGCCCUGACCUUCAAAAGAUGUUCCGAGGCAAGCCUUGUAAAGGUCGCCGACGCCUCCGUUUUUACCCACCCUCAACACGAUCCAUGCAGAGGCCAAAUGUCAUCCCGCUUGUGCCUUUCCCAUGGAUUAAAGGUGCUUAUGUUUUUGUGAGUUUUAAGUAAAUAUUUGUAUUGUAUUGUUAUAAAUGUUAAGUGUGCCUGACUUUCAAUCGUGCGUGGAAACCCGGCCUCAGGCCCACUGGGAGAACAGGCAGGCGGGCGAGGGCAUGCUCGGUGCCGUCCCGCUUAGGUUAGAAGUGGGACGCCUCCGCCCGCCCGUCAAGAAUGUGCAAUAAUUGGAAGGUUGCCCAGGUCAGCAGGAAGUGAAGCUGCCGCUGAAAAGCAGGUGCCGGGGCCCCUUUCCAGACCAUGUUUUGAUUAGCUCUGGAUUUUUUUUUAUGGGGAGGAAAAAGGAAUUUGAUACUCUGCCUCUCUACAUGCACUUAGGUUCAAGCAGGCUUAAAUUAAUGUUGAUUGCUUCCCUUUUCCAUUUUCCUUCCUGCCGAGCCUGAUGGGAAGAUUCCAGGGCAGGGAAGCCGCGUUCUGUAUAGUUGAGAAUCAGGUAAAAACUGGUGCUGAUGUUUCACACUUCUCUUGUGGUGCUAUGUGUUCUGAGGUCCUGGGAGGCGAAGCGGGGCCUGGCCGAGCCUCCUCCUCCAGGCGUCUCCAUCCUGGCCGUGCCUCCGCCUGCUGGGUGUUUGCCCAGGACCCUGAGAUAAGCGCAGUCCCCUCCUCCCCGGUGGGCGCAAGCACCGCUGCUUCUGAGUGGCGGGAAGCUGCUCUGGGCCUGUCCCAGAACCAGGUUGUGCCUCCGCGAUUUGAAAACACACACGCAAAAUGGACCUCGUGCCUCAUGCACGUGCAGCCACAGCAGGUUGUGUUCGGUGCCGAAUGUUCGUGGUGCUAAUUUUGUCUGUUCUGAGAACCGCGUCGAAGCUGUCGGUGGCCCCGCGCUGCCUCAGCGGACCGAGAACUGUGCAAUGAACUCGAGGCACCCGGGGCCGCAGCGCCUCUUUCCCGUGAAGCAAUUGGGUUUCCACCUGCAGGGGUCUUGGAUGCAGGCGCCAGCUGCUCUGGAGCUCGGGGCUGGAACGGGACCCUCUGGGCAUUGUCCCUUCUCCUCGCUGUCCAGGGCAAGGGGGCUGCCUCGUGUGGGCAGGAGGACCCUGAGACCGGCAGGAGAGGCGACCCCUUCACUGUGAAAAGCUGCCCUCCUGCCACGUCCUGUCCUUCCACCCUGGGGACACAGGGGGGCCCCUGGGAGCGAGCUGUCGUUCAUGCUCCGGUGCUGUCCUCCCGUCUCCCUGCGGCUUAGGAAGCUACAGCAAAGGCACCCAAGGCAUAACAGGACACCACCGACACCAGCGUCCCAGCCGUCCCUGGAAAUCAAGUCUUACUCUUGCCAAAGAAAGGUCUGGCUUGGAGAGUUCUCGAGGCCAGGAUGCCAGCAUUGCCAGUGACCACCACGCUCAUGCCUAGUGAGAAAAGCCAUACCGGAGGACUGCCCUGUGAUGCCCUGUGAUUUGUCUAGGUCAUGUGAUUCUGUUUCAACCUCUCGCCCCAUGCCACGUGUCCUUUGAUUCCGUCUUCUUCUUUUUCUGUUGGUCCCUCACAGUGUUGUGAUUUGUGCUGAAGUCCAGACCUGUCCUGUGCCCUGACCAUCUUCAGCUCCAGCAUAUUGCAAUAAAAUUACUUCUUGUAUUUGCA